UCUCUCUCGUUUGGAAGUUUCAAACGUGUAGAGAUGGGAAACGACGUGUUCAACUUUCGCACUCAUCAAUCAGGAACAAAUCAAAGAACAAGAACACGAUUCAAAAGCCCACGGACCCAAGUUUGAGACCAAGUUAACACGGUAAUCCCAUGAACGCUGGAAUCGGAAUAUAGUCUGUAUUCUAAUCCCCAUCCAAAUGGAAAAAGAACGCCAACCCAGAUUCCACUGACACCCCAUUGUUCACCAUCUCGAAGUCCCGAAGAUUUCGUAAUCUGUGUGGGCACUUUCUCUCUUUCUUGUUCUCUGACUCUGGACCCAACAAAUUCUUGUUCAAACUCCGCAUGGCUUUGAGACCCGUGAUAAGGUUCCCGGGUCGCCACUCUCAAGAUGGUACCUCCCCUUCUUUACGCGCUGGUCGUUGAUUGCUUUUCUCGCCCGCGGUUUUUGGUGAAAAAAGUGAAGCCCGCCAUGGCAAUGGCGUGCUAGGAUUUGGUGCUAGGUUUUGCUCGCUUUUGAGGAGGGGGAGGAGGGGAGGAGAGAGGGAGGGCGGGGCGGCGAUGGCGAAGCCGGUGAGGUUCGAGGAGGUGGGUGCGGAGGUGCAGAAGGUUCUUGACGCGAACAUGGACGAGGCGCCAGCGAGGAGGCGCGCUCGCGAGGCUUUUAAGGAUGUGCAGCUCGGGAUUGAUCACGUUCUCUUCAAGAUGCCGCAUAAAGGGUUGAAAAUGGAGGAGAAAUAUGAGGUGAAUUCUAGAGGACUGGAGAUCUUCACAAAAUGUUGGCUUCCAGGCACAUCUCAGCUCAAAGCAGUUGUUUGCUAUUGCCAUGGUUACGGAGACACCUGCACCUUUUUCUUUGAAGGAAUUGCGAGGAAAUUGGCAUCAGAAGGAUAUGGUGUGUUUGCGAUGGAUUACCCUGGAUUAGGCCUUUCAGAAGGUCUUCACUGCUAUAUUCCAAGCUUUGACAGGAUAGUUGAUGACGUAAUUGAAUUUUUCUCCAAAGUUAAAGAGAAACCGGAUUACCGUGCUCUUCCAAGCUUCCUCUUUGGGCAUUCUAUGGGUGGGGCUGUUGCCCUCAAGGUGCACCUAAAACAGCCUAAUGCUUGGGAUGGUGCUGUUCUUGUUGCACCUAUGUGCAAAAUUGCAGAUGAUAUGGUCCCUCCAUGGAUACUCACGCAGAUCCUAAUUGGUGUAGCCAAGUUUUUACCAAAGCAGAAGUUAGUUCCAGAGAAGGAUUUGGCUGAAGCAGCUUUUAGGGAACCAAAGAAGAGAGCACAGACUGCCUAUAAUGUUAUUGCCUACAAACACAAACCACGCCUACAGACUGCUGUACAGCUGCUAAGGACUACUCAAGAGAUAGAGCGCCGGUUGCAAGAGGUCUCGCUGCCGCUUCUGAUUCUGCACGGAGAGGCUGAUAGAGUAACUGAUCCAUCGGUGAGCAAGGCCCUGAACGAGAAGGCUAGCAGUAAGGACAAGAAGCUCAUCAUGUAUCCUGAUGCUUAUCAUGCUCUUCUCGAGGGUGAACCAGAUGAAACGAUUCUUCGUGUUUUCGGUGAUAUCAUCUCCUGGCUCGAUGAGCACAGCUUGAAAAGCACCGCGUGAUGGCGGACUUGUAUGCUAUGUAACGACAAAUCCACAUUGAUUUAUUGAGGUAUCUAAUAAUACUCGUGUCCCAGAGUAAAACUUUGGGUGUCAAUCCACCCAACUUCUGCCGUCUGGUGACGGAGAAAUAAGUGAAUAUUUUGUACGAA